ACUCACCCGCACACGAGCAUGCCCGCCUGCUGCACCCCCGGACGGUAGCCCUGAUCCCCAGCUUGCGCCCGCAAGCACCCUCCCAAAUGGCGACCGCAACCGUCACCGCGACCGACGCCCGCCACGCCAAGGAGCAGGUCGUCGACAAAAUCCCCGCCCGCAUCAAGCACAUCCAGUUCGGCAUCUACUCGAAUCCCGACGUCGUCAACCAGGCGGUGCUCGAGGUGUCGGACCGCAAUGUCUACGACCUCACCACCACCGCCGACAAUGCCCGCUCCCUCACCGAGAACGGGCCCAUGGACACGCGCAUGGGCAUCUCCACCAAGGUGGGCAAGUGCACCACCUGCGGCGAGGGCCUGAACGAAUGCAACGGCCAUUUUGGCCACAUCAAGCUUGCGCUGCCUGCCUUCCAUGUGGGAUACCUCAAGCACAUCAUCGAAGUGCUCAACUGCAUCUGCAAAGACUGCUCGCGCGUGCUGCUGGACGUCCCGGAGCGGAGGAAGCAUCUGCGCACCAUGCGCCGCCCAGGCAUGGACAACCUGCAGCGGACCGCACACGCCAAGAAGAUCAUGGAAGAGUGUCGGAAGAGGAAGCAUUGCCCCUACUGCGGCGCACUCAACGGCACCGUGCGCAAGGUCCCUGGACAUCCUCUCAAGGUCAUCCACAACCGCUACGACGCCUUCCUGCGCUCUACCGCCAAGACGAAGAAGACACCCCUCGGACGGAGAGAAUUCGAGCAGUCUUUCGAAACAGCGAGAGCAGCCAACAAUGAGGUUGACAAAAACUUCAAAAAGGCAGUCGAUGACAUGCACCCGCUGCGGACCCUCAACCUCUUCAAGAAAAUUUCGCCCGAAGACUGUGAGCUGUUGGCCAUGAUUCCUGAGGACGCCCGCCCAGAGAUGCUGAUCUGGGAAUAUAUGCCUGUACCACCCGUGGCUAUCCGGCCUUCCGUCAUGCAGGAGGCAGGAGCAACCGAGGACGACAUCACCAACAAGAUCGGUGACAUCUGCCACAUCAGUAGCAUCAUCCGAGCCGGGCUUGCGCGCGGCUUCCCUCUCCAGAUACUCAUGGAGCAGUGGGACUUCUUACAACUACAAAUCGCCAUGUACAUCAACAGCGAGACGCCGGGCUUGAAGCAGCAGGGACUCCAAAAGACGAUGCGCGGCUUCUGUCAACGACUCAAGGGAAAGGGUGGUCGAUUCCGGCAGAAUCUGUCUGGGAAGCGAGUCGACUUCUCAGGUCGCACCGUUAUUGGUCCCGACCCUAAUCUCGCCAUCGAUGAGGUGGCGGUGCCCCAGCGUGUUGCAAAGAAUCUGACAUAUCCCGAAAAGGUCACCAGAUACAACAUGGUGAAAAUGCAAGGGCUUGUUAAGAGGGGCCCCUUCGUCCACCCUGGCGCGAACAACAUCAUCAAGCUCAACGGACGCUCUAUGGCGCUGAGCAUUCUGGCACGCGAUACGACAGGUCAAAAGCUCAAGGAUGCUUCUGAUCGGUUGCAGAUUGGCGACAUUGUGGAGCGUCACCUCGAAGAUGGUGACAUAGUGCUCUUCAACCGUCAACCCUCCCUUCACAGGCUUAGUAUCCUCAGUCACCGCGCCAAAAUUCGACCCUGGCGGACAUUCCGACUCAACGAGUGCGCCUGCAAUCCUUACAACGCUGAUUUUGACGGCGACGAGAUGAACUUGCACGUGCCCCAAACCGAAGAAGCCCGGACAGAGGCGACUGAGCUCAUGGGCGUCAAAUACAAUCUAGCCACCCCCAAGAACGGAACACCACUCAUUGCUGCCAUUCAAGAUUUCAUAACAGCAGCAUACCAACUCAGCAGCAAAAACAACUUCUUCGACCGAGGAACCUUCACUCAAAUUUGCAACUACAUGUUCGCGGGAGAGGGCGCGUUCGAUCCUUCCACGGGCAAAAAGCACGCUAUCGAACUACCGCCACCUACAGUCUUGAAGCCGCAGGCUCUCUGGACCGGUAAACAGGUCUGGAGCGUUCUCAUGCGUCCUUUUAGGGACUACGGAGGGCGCGAUAGGCCUGUCUUGGUCAAUCUCGAAGCAAGAUGUAAACAGUUCAAGGCCAAGGCAGGCGUCGCGGACGACCUCAACGAAGACGACGCGUUCCUGGUCAUCCGGAACUCCGAAGUCAUGUGCGGUUGCUUCGACAAGGCCACAGUCGGUGACGGAAAGAAAGAUUCCGUGUUCUACGUCAUCAUGCGUGACUUUGGAGAAGACUAUGCAGUCCAAGCCAUGAAUCGACUUGCAAAGGUUUCCGCCCGCUGGCUCACCAACAACGGAUUCUCCCUAGGCAUCAAUGAUGUUACACCCGGAGACAGACUGAAUCAGAAAAAGCAAGCUCUCAUCGACAAGGCGUACGCGGAAUGCGAUGUGUUGAUCCAGCAGUACAAGGCAGGCACGAUUGAGCGCAUGCCGGGCUGCGACGCUUUGACAAGUAUGGAGAACAAGAUUGGUGGUAUUCUGUCUGCAGUCCGUGCGGCUGCUGGUGAGGUGUGUUUCGAGGAGCUUAGCAGAUGGAAUGCGCCUCUGCUCAUGGCCAAGUGCGGAUCCAAGGGUUCGAACAUCAACGUCUCCCAGAUGGUUGCUUCCGUUGGUCAGCAGAUGAUUGGCGGUGCGCGUGUCGCCGAUGGAUUCCAGCACAGAACACUUCCGCACUUCCCGAAGGCUGCUCGUCAACCCGUCUCGAAAGGUUUUGUCAGCAACAGUUUCUUUUCUGGCCUGACGCCUCCAGAGUUCAUCUUCCACGCUAUGAGUGGACGUGAAGGACUUGUCGACACUGCGGUCAAGACAGCCGAAACAGGUUACAUGAGUCGAAGACUGAUGAAGUCGCUCGAAGAUCUGUCCAAGCAAUACGACAACACUGUCAGCAAUUCUUCUGGGACGGUCGUGCAGUUUCAGUACGGAGCCGACGAUCUUGACCCCGUCGAUAUGGAGGGCAAGGCCGCCCCGGUGAACUUCGUUCGUACCUUCACCCACGCAGUUACUAUAACUUGGAACAACGCCGUUCCCAGCCUUACGCCCAACGCAGUACGAGAGUUCACUGAGGCGAGGCUCAAUAAGAGGCGGAACGCUAAAGACCUCCGUCGCAUGAAGCUCGACCAGGUUACUGAGCUUGACUUCAACGACGAGACCGACAUUGGCCUCGACGACAAGGACCCCGAGCGUGCCUUCUUAAACGACGUGCAGAACUUUGUCUUUAAACAGGCGGACAAACUGGAAAAGACGCUAGCUGAUCUAGGACUGCCUGAUCCAUCCAACGCCACCAGCGAACGAUCUGACAGUGACACUGCGAGGUAUGGUCUGGCAGACGGUAUUGCCAAGAUAUCAGCGCAGGCGCUCGAGACGUUCAUCGAGCUUUGCCUCACCAAGUAUGACAGGUCCAAGGUGCAGCCAGGCCACGCUGUAGGUGCUAUCGGUGCCCAGUCGAUCGGAGAGCCGGGUACCCAGAUGACGCUCAAGACUUUCCAUUUUGCCGGUGUCGCCGGUAUGUCCAUCACCCAAGGUGUUCCCCGUAUCAAGGAAAUCAUCAACGCGUCCACCGCCAUCUCCACGCCAGUCAUCGCAUGUCAGUUGUCCAACCCGGACCUGGAAUCCGCCGCGAGAAUCGUCAAAGCCCGCGUGGAAAAGACAUACCUGAAGGACAUCAUUACUUACAUUGAAGAUAUUUGGCACCCAGAUGGUUCCGCGCGCAUCAACAUGGGUCUCUGCGAGGAAACGAUUAGAAGUCUCUCGCUCGAUCUCCACGACCACGAUAUUAUCGCGGGAAUCAACAAGCACAAGCCGCUCAAAUGGGGCAAAGCCGGCGCCAAAGUCACCAUCAAGAACGGCAAGACCGUCACAAUCUUUAUCAACGACCCAAAGUUCGAGAAGAAGCCCGCCGCAAAGUCGACAAAAACCAUACAAAAGGAGCACUUCGAGCGCGUCCAGCAGGUCAAAACGCUCGUCCUCGAUGCUGUCAUCAAAGGCUUCCCCGACUGCGUGCGCGCCAUCAUCAAGAAGGAGACCUCGCCCAACGCCCGCGGCAACUACGAGUGCCAGCUCCUGGUCGAGGGCUACGGCCUCAAGGACUGCAUGACGACCCCCGGCAUCGAGCCCUACCAGACCAAAUCCAACCACGUCAUGGAGGUUAACCAGGUCCUCGGCAUCGAGGCCGCGCGCGCCACCAUCGCGGCGGAAAUCGGCUCCGUCAUGGGCUCCAUGGACAUCGAUCCCCGCCAUAUGGCGCUGCUGGCCGACGUCAUGACGUUCAAGGGCGCGGUGUUUGGCAUCACGCGGUUCGGCCUGCAGAAGACGAGGGACAGCGUGCUGCAGCUUGCGAGCUUCGAGAAGACGCCCGACCAUCUGUUUGAGGCAGCGGCGAAGGGGAAGAUUGACAACAUCGAUGGUGUGAGCGAGUGCAUCAUCAUGGGGCAGAGUGUCAAGCUGGGCACGGGGAGUAUGGAGGUGUAUCGGCCGCUGGAGUUUGGGGAGGGUGAUAUUCAGGUGAAGCCGACGAUGUUCGAGGCCGGGUGGGAUGCGUUGUAAAAGCAGGUGUAUAGCAUGGUACGGCGUUGGGCAGGCGUUUUACCUUUUUGCAGCAUAGCGACGGAUAUCUGGACGAAUGAGCAUCGAAUCGAAGAGCAUGUACACGAAUAUUGAGAAUGGGAUCUGACUGCA